AUGUUUCCUCAAGUGGUUCAAGCUCCAUAUCCUAAAUACCUAGCAAUUCUAAGGAAUGGGAAACCAUAUGUGAUUAGAAAGAAUAGCUUAAGUGAGCCUUGGUAUAAUAUAACACACUUGAGAUACGAUAUUGAAAAAUUACUAUUCACAGACUCUAAUAACAAAGACUAUAAUUAUCUCCAGUGUAGCGUAGAAUUAUAUGAAUUAAUUCUCGUUAUUGAAUUUGGAUUUAAUUGUAAGAAGGUUUGGUUUGAUAGCAAAUUGUGCUGGACCCUUACAAAUUCUCAAGAAUAUCCGAAAUUUCUCGGACUUCACCUUAGAACUAAUCAAAUUUUCCUUAUGUUUAGUAAACUAAGGUUAGAGUUGCUGGAUGUGGAAAAUCCUAAAGUUGAAGAAGGUGAGAUUGAGGGUAAUAUGUCUGGAAAGAGACCAGGUCAGCUUGACUGGGUAAGAAAUAAUAAAUAUACAAAAAUGUCUAAUAGUACCAAUCCAUUUCGUCCUAUGAUUGACCCAACUAAACUAGUAGACACAAAUCCCUUUUCAAAGUACGUGAGGCGUCGUUUGAUAAGAGAAGCUGAACUUAAGCCUGUAGAAGAACCAUCUCAAAGUUGUCCAAAACAACACCAAGCAACAUUAGAAAAUGAUAAUGAAGUGGAUAAGGUAACUAAAAUUGACGUAAUAGGAAAGAGUUACAAGAACAUAGUAAAACUUUUUCACGAAAACACUAGCAAUGUAAUAGAAUGUAAUGGCUAUAAUUUGACUGUUCACGGUGACAAUUAUUCUUACAAGCUCAAUGAGAGCGCCAGUAGUGAUAACCUAAAUUCAACAAGUACAAGUUUUCGUAAAGAAAAUCCGAAAAAAUUACCUCCAAAAUCAAUAGUCUACUACAAGAAAGAAAAGAAUGUGGUUUUGGAAACUCGAACUAAGUUCAUUAUGUACAAUCUGGAAGAUCCUGAUUUAACUCCGAUAAACUAUAAACUACCAGAAAUCAAACUGCUCUCUCAAGAUAACGAAGGUAACAUUAUCCCACUAAGCUCCAAUGAGUACAGUGUCCAACUAUCUUUAUAUAUGGCUGUUAAAUUUAUUUACACUUUUGCCGAUGAAGCAGUCUGUACUCAAGUUGAAUACGGGAGAAGAAUAUUCUGGAAAUCUAAACCUGGACAAAAUAAACCACUUUACAUUGUUUGUAGUUAUUGGACUCGAAGAAUCCAGAUUAUUUUCCAAGACAAAAUAGUUUUAACCGAUUUGAAAAAUCCCAAUUCAAUCCCAAGCUCUCUCAAAAUUCCUCCUGAAAUAUCUCUAUACAAAACAAAUGAACAGGGUAAAACUGUAAGACUGAAUUGUCGUGAUUACAGGGUUGAAUUGAACCCAUGUAAAAAGUUGAGAUAUGUAGUUAACGAAGAAGUUAAUUGCACUGAACUUAGGCAUAAGGGGAGAGUAGUUUGGAAAUACAAAGAAGGGCCGAUACCGUUAUCAUUUGUCUAUUCCAGUAUAUUGAAAACAAUUUCCGUUGCUUAUAAAACUGGGACUCGUAGUUACCAACUUGAACUGGGUCAAUGGGUUCCAACCGAAACCACUAAUACCAAUUAA